UUUAGUUGCAUCUAAAUAUUUGUAAAUGGAGGAUUUGUGAAGAUAUAUAUAUUUGACUACUUGUAAUUUGUUACUGAUCUCCAACAAUUUCUGUUGCGAUGCUAUUGAUGCAUAAGGGUAACAUCUCCAACAAUUAACUUGGGAUUCAUCAAUGGCAGUCUCAUCUUUUCCGACCACCUUAAGAACUCACACCCUCUUUCCUUCUUCGCCAGAUAUUUAUAAGGGAGUAGGGAUUUAUUCAUGGCAUCAAGCUUCCGUGUAUGAAGCAUUGACGGGUAAAAGAACGCUUUCCUUGCUUCAUGUUGUCAAGUCUAACUUACAAAAUAAAGGGACUUUAAAGGUAUCAUGUAACCGCAAGGAUGAAGCUGCUAUAUUGGAAGUGAGGUCUAUGGAUGAGAUUUAUGAAUCUCUGGCGCACCGUCUUCUUCCUACUGCUGCUGUGACAUCAAAUCCUAACUUAAAAUAUAUUGUUGGCUUGGCUGGUCCACCUGGUGCCGGGAAAAGUACAGUGGCCAGCGAAGUGGUCAAACGCAUAAACAAGAAGUGGCCCCAAAAAGCACCCAGUAUGGACGAACUAGUAGGAUCACCCGAUGUUGCUAUUGUUCUUCCCAUGGAUGGAUUCCAUCUUUAUCGUAAUCAGCUAGAUGCAAUGGAGGACCCAGAAGAGGCUCAUGCAAGAAGGGGAGCUCCAUGGACAUUUGACCCGGAAAGAUUACUUAAUUGUCUCCAAACUUUGAGGACUCGGGGAUCGGUUUGUGCACCAUCCUUUGACCAUGGUGUAGGGGAUCCUAUCGAAGAUGACAUAUUUGUCUCCGUUCAGCACAAAAUUGUGAUUGUAGAAGGAAAUUACUUGCUCCUUGAUGAAGGGGUUUGGAGCGAUAUAUCUAACAUGUUUGACGAAAAAUGGUUCAUUGAUGUUGAUCUCGAUACAUCUAUGCAACGGGUUCUGAAGCGGCAUAUCUCAACAAGGAAGCCACCAGAUGUAGCGAAAUGGCGGAUCGAGUACAACGAUCGACCCAACGCAGAAAUGAUUAUGAACUCAAAGAAGAAUGCAGAUUUGAUCAUCAAGUCGAUUGAAAUCUCAUAAAUCCCAUUGACUUCAUACUAAUAAAAUAAAUAGAAAGAUGAGAGAAAAUACUGGGAAGUGAUGCUGAAAUAAGCUCCUUGAUUUAUUUUCUUUGAACUUUAUCCAUGGCUUUCGGGCUGAGCAAAUUCGGAUAUUUGAAAUUUAUCUAAUAUCUGAAUUAGAUUUUUCAAAUCAGAUAUCUUAAAAGUCGAAUAGGAUAAUAAAUAAAAUAUUGGAUUUUUGGAUAAUCUUAUAAUUUCAGUUCGUCCUAAUAAUUUUAGUUUUCGCUCUUAA